AUGUAUAUCAUCGAUUCAGAAAUUCAAAAUCUAAUUGUUCAUGUUCAUUCAAAAGAUAAUGAUCUUGGGAACCAUACGAUGACUAUACGUGACACGUUCCAUUGGGAAUUUCGUAUGAAUUUUGGUGAAACAACCGAACUCAACAGGAAAUUUUAUUGGAUGAUGACUGACAAUCAAGUCUACAGAGAGGUUGCGUUUCCAGUUUUCAAUAAUCAAAUUGCUGCAGAAUGUGGUAACAAAUUAGUGAAGACGAAUAAGUGUUUUUGGUUGGUAAAGUAUGAUGGUUUUUAUUUGUCAAAAGGCAGCCCAUCAGAUGGGAGGUUAAAGUAUUCAUGGGGACUUGGAAAUAUAUAA